UAUAACUGUCACUAUUUAUGUAAACCGCCUAACGUUCUAAAUUACACUUUAAAACUCUUCUAAAGCACUGAGCACACAAACAACGGGCGCAGAGCACAGCUCGCCGUUUCCGUUCAGACCGGUGUAAAAGUGGGAGGAUGAAGCUGGAGAUGAGCGAGGCAGGUGCAGGGUAGGACCGGGCACCUGCCAAAACGGCCCAAGGCUGUGAGAUGUUGUCUAAGUGAGCUUUAAUAACGCUCCCCCUGGGCAGCUCGUGUCAGAUCUCUGCUCCAGACCUACAGAACGCCGGAACAUUGUGCAGUCGCCCAACUUUCCACCCGGCCGCCCUCCAGGAUCAGCACGGAGCACUAUGCACAACCGAGCUAAAUCCCGCAGCUGUGACAACUACCUGUGCAUUAAGGACGCCGAGUCGUUGGACAGCUGUAUCCAGAGCGCUCUAUCGUCCCUGUACGCUCCGUUCGGGGCCACGGCCUCCACGGUGCUGCUGCAGCUCUUCAGCGUGGUGGAGCGGCAGUACGGAGGAGACGGCCUGCGCUGCUUCAUCGACUUCCUGCUGCCCGCCAAGAGGAUCCUGAGCAUCAUCCAGGAGGAGAGCUGUCUGCGGUUUAAAGGCCUGCUGCUGUACCACGAGGGCUGGCCGCUCUGCAUCCACGAGAAGGUGGUCCUGCAGCUGGCACCCCUGCACAAGGUGCGCCUGAGGCAGGGGGACUUCUACCUGCAGCUGGUCCCUCUGGGCCGCAAGGCCGCCAAGCUGGUCAUAAAAUGCCUGGCGCGGAGCGGGCGCGCCCUGGCCGAGAUCCCCGUCCCUGAGUGCAUGUACCCCAGCGUCUUCACCGCCGAGUUCCUGCAGGAUGUGACGCGCGAGCGGAACCUCCAGCCCCUUCAGAACUGCCUGCUGAGCACCGGCGCCGCCGUGUACCGAACCCCCUGGAGAAACGUCGUCAACCCCGUGUGCGUGAGAAGCGCCAGCGAGGGCAUCGUGCAGGCCCGGACGCUGGGCGUCGGCCACCUGGACGCCUGCAGUACCCACGGAUCUACGGUGACGCUGGACAGCCGGCGGAGCUCCAGAGACUCGCUGGGCUCGCAGGGAGCCGAAUCCACCAUGUCAGAGACGCUUUCGAGUCGCCGGACGAGCGAGACGUACUUCGGCGCUGGCGCGGCGCCCGCCAAGGAAGAGCACCACAGUCCUGGCACCAGCGCGGAGGAGAGCAGCAGGAGGGCAUGCGGUGCCGGCGCCAAGUCUCUGUCCUUCAGCACAGAUCUCAGCACGCCGCAGCGGCGCCAGUUCAGGGACUCGGCCGCCUUCGAGACGCGCCGGCUGUUUCGUAAAUCGUACAUGGAGGCUCUGCAGAACCCCAUGCAUCUCGGGUCGAGCUCAGAGUCCGUCCCGGAGGAGGGGAGCGAACCGGCGGUCCGGCCCGAGCCCAGGCCGCGGUGCGAUUCGGACCUGAACUCGUCCAGACGGGGGUCCCUGCAGCGCCGCCUCUCGCCCCUCCUGCCGCUGCAGCUCGGCAUCAGGGCCGAGAGGCGCUCCAAAUCUUUAGAACGGACCGGCAAAGGCCUGCAGGUCAAAGGUCACCGGACGCGCUCCGCAUCGGGCGGAGGGUCUCCGAAGAAGCUGAUGAACGGCUGCGCGCUGCGCUUCGGCCGGCUCGACCUGGACGCCGCGUUUUCCAGCCUGGAGAGACGAGCGAGCAAAGGGGACUCGGGACUCCCCGACUCCCCUUCCUUCUCCGAGUCCAGGAGAAGCAGCAGUGCCGGAGAAGAUUCUCCUAAAGCCUCGUCCGGCUGCUCGUCCGCCUCCGCACCCCCUCCUGUAGCGCCCCCUCCUGGCUGCGCUCCCCCUCUGCCCUCUCAUCUUACCCAGCUGAACACCGAGCUGCUGACGUCAGGAGCCGUCACGCUACCUGGUAACAGGGACCGGGGCGGGCGCUUCCUUCUCCAGGUGUGUAUGAGGAACCCAGUGUGGACAGAUGAGAGUUUCACCCCCAGAGAGCUUACCUGCCUGCUGGGAUACUACUGCUCCACACUGCGGAAGGAGAAAAGAGAUCUGGGACUGACUGUACUCGUGGACUCUCGGAGACAACAGACCAGUCCUACACUGUUCUCAGCUCUGUCUCAACUACAGGCGUCUCUGCCAAAUGCACUUUACUCAAUUCUGUUACUCACGGACAAGGAGGUGUCCGUCAGACCGGAGAGGGACUCCUCCGUUCCCUGUGAAGUUCUGACGUCUCUGAAAGCUCUGCAGAAGCACGUCGACUCGUCCCAGCUCACACGAGACCUGGACGGCGCUUUUCCGUACGACCAUCACCACUUCAUCACGUUCAGACAGAAAAUGGAGCAGUUCUCCAGCAGCUGUGACGCCGCCAUCUCGUCUCUCCAGAGCUCUAUAGACGUCCUGCACGACAGCAGCAGCCCACAGACCGCCAAGGACGUAUCUGAGACCAUCAUGCAGCAGAAGAACCUGAUGGAGUGCGUGCUGGAGGACUCACAGCUCAACCGCCUCAGGAUGGAGGGAGGAACCUUCCUAGCACGGGUCAGGAAAGAGGAGACGAGUGAAGUCGAGAGUUUCAGGGACACCGUGGACGCGGCGUGUACGCUCUAUAACCGGCUGGAUGAGGAGGUUCAUAAACUUGUCAUCCUGUCUAACAAAUCCCUCCAUCAGCUGGAGAACCUGCUGCAGUUCCACACCUUCCAGGAAGAGAUUGACCGGAUUAAGCACUGGUUCAGACUGGAGGGGGAGAAUCACUUGGCUCCGUUGGAUUCCUUCAGAUUUAACCUCACUUCCUUACACGAAAUGAGACACAGCCUGGACCGGUUCACUGAGGAGGCAGCGCUCCAGCAGAAGCAGGCCACGGCGCUGGUGCAGGACUCUGAUCAAGUAUCCAGUUCCACGAUACUGGAGCUCAAACAGAGCAUCGGUUCCGUCCUCCAGCGAAUCAGCACACGCAGAAGCGAGCUGGAGAUCCUGACCAACCUGUACGAGUUCUACGACUCGGCUGAACAGUGGAUGGCGCACUGUGAGGACUACUUCCAACGUCUCAAUCUGGAGGAAAGUGGCGUGACCUUUUCUCCUGAAGUUCUGCAGACGUUGCAGGACUACCACAGUGAGGCUACCAAGUUUUCUCUGGAGAACUUCAGCUCUCUAAAUGAGACGGUGACUACUCUGGGCAGCCAGCGCCAACUUCACCACUGGAACCUCAUCUGGAUGAAGUGCCAGGAGACCAGAAAGCAGCUGGAGGAGACGCUGGCAAGAGCCGCAGCAUCGCGGAACUGUCCUGAACCCGCGUCCGAGCCUCGUCUGAGCUCACACGAUCCAGAAAGACUGAUCAGAUCUCCGGAUUUACACUGCGCGGAGAGCAGGAGUUCUCUUCCCGAGAUCAAACCCGCCCCCAUGUUCGAGUUCGAGGAUGAAAAACCUCGCUCGGCGGGUCCGUAUUCCAAAAGUGACUCUUCCUUUGAGUCUUCGCCGUUUCUCUUCCCUCCUAAAAGUGAUAAAGGCUCGCUCUCGCUGCUGGACGACACCGACAGCGACUGCACGGUGGAUUCGUCCGUUUCCUGCCGGUCGGAGCCGGGAGCGAGGCACCGCAGACCCCCGCUGAAGAAGAUGAUGAAGAAGACCGUGAGCUCCGAGCUGUCCGGUCACCACGGCUACUCGGGGGUCUACAUCAAAGGACUGGAGGUGGGCAACAGCGUGUGUGUGGAGAAGAAGCUGCAGAGGCCACAUUUAAAAAGUCCAGUGCUGGAACGGAGCAGGAGCCUCCCCUCACCCUCCAGGGCUCACGGCAGGAUCAUGGAGGGGGACGUCAAGAGACACAGCAGUAAAAUCCAGCACAUCAUGGACGAGAUGAUCUCCACGGAGAGGGAGUACGUGCGCUCGCUGUCCUACAUCACGGAGCAUUACUUCCCCGAGAUGGAGCGGCCCGACCUCCCCCAGGACCUGAGAGGGAAGCGCAGCAUCAUCUUCGGGAACCUGGAGAAGCUGUGCGACUUCCACAGCCAGUACUUCCUCAGAGAUCUGGAGCGCUGCGCACACGCCCCGCUCUACGCCAGCGCCUGCUUCCUACGACACGAGGACCAGUUUGGAAUGUACGCUCUGUACAGCAAAAACAAACCACGCUCCGACGCCCUGCUCACCAGCCACGGCAACGCUUUCUUCAAGGAUAAGCAGGUGGAGCUGGAGGAUAAGAUGGACCUGGCGUCCUACCUGCUGAAGCCCAUCCAGAGGACGAGCAAAUACGCCUUGCUGCUGAAGGACCUGAUCAAGGAGUGCGGCCAAUCGCAGGAGCAGGAGCUCGCCGAUCUUAAAACCGCCGAGGAAAUGGUCAAGUUCCAGCUGCGUCACGGCAACGACCUGCUCGCCAUGGACGCCAUCAGAGGAUGUGAUGUGAAUCUAAAGGAGCAGGGCCAGCUGAGGUGCCAGGACGAGUUCAUCGUGUGGUGCGGGCGCAGGAAAUACCUCCGACACGUCUUCCUGUUUGAGGAUCUCAUCCUCUUCAGCAAGACCAAGAAGAUCGAAGGAGGAUACGACAUCUACAUCUACAAACAGUCCUAUAAGACGGCGGAGAUCGGCAUGACGGAGAACGUGGGCGACAGCGGCCUCCGGUUCGAGAUCUGGUUCAGGCGCAGGAAGUCGCAGGACACCUUCAUCCUGCAGGCGAGCUCGGCCGAGAGCAAGGCGGCCUGGACCUCCAUCAUCGGCAAGAUCCUGUGGAGACAAGCGCUCAGGAACAGAGAGCUGAGGAUGCAGGAGAUGGUCUCCAUGGGAAUCGGCAAUAAGCCGUUUAUGGACAUCAAACCGAGUGACGCGGCCAUCAGUGACCGAGCUGUCGAUUACAUUAUGAAGGGAAAAGAGUCCCGCGCUCGUUCCUCGGCCGCCGCGCCCUCCUCCGAGCAGUGCAGCCCGUUUAAAAGACCCCACUCCACCAUCUCCAACAGCAGCUCUUCCUCCUCCAGCAGCCACUCGUCCUCGUCCUUCCUCAGCUCCCUCAACCUGCCGCUCUUCAGCUCCGCCCCUCACCUGCCCCUCGCCCACUGGCACUACGACUGCAUCGAGGAGGACGAACUGGAGCAUGACGCCGGCGCCCAGAAACCCAUGAUCACAGAGGGUUCCGAGUCGUCCUCUCACAGCGCCUCCAGCGAUGGAGUGAACAGUGUGAGCACUCUCACUCUCACCCCUCACUCCUCCCUCAUCAUGGACUCCUUCCACACCGACGCUCCGUCCUUCCUCUGCUCCUCCGUCUCCUCCUCGUCCUCCUCCGUCCUGUUCCAUAAAGAUCACGAGCUCCAGAACGACCCGGGCAAGUUCAUCACGGCGCUGUGAGGUCGGAUCUGCGCUGGAUCACACGGCUCUGACUGCUGCUCACGCUGAAGACUGAAGUAAACGUUCUAUACGUGUGUAUACGUGGAUGAUUUCAUGCCAUACGUGCAGAUGAACUCGGACUACUGGAGCACAAACUAAAGCUCGAGCGUUAUUAACUCCUCACACUAAACUUCCUCUUACAUCGAAAAGCACAAACAGAAGUGUUAAACCUGACUGAUCUGUACAGAAAUAAAACACGUCCUCAUGUUUGUUUGUUUAACUGGCACUACUGUACUAAUAAAAUCUGUUUUUGUUAUUAAA